GCUGCCUUUUUUUUUUACUGUUCAGGAAGCUUUUCUGUUGCGUGUUGAACGUCAGUAAGCGAAGGCAAGGGAAGCGAGUAGGAAAUCACUAAAGCACGAUCAAUAGUGAGCGAGAGAUAGGGAGAGAGAGAGAAAAAGAGAGAGAGAGCUUGUGAAGAAAGUGAACGGAGAAAAAUCGGAGAAUAGUCGAAAAUUGGAAUAAAAUAAAAGUCAGGUAGACGAAAAAAGAAAUUAACACCACCAAGUGAAAAAGGAAGCAAAUAGAAUAAAAUAUUGCAUUCCAAAGAAAACUUGUAUCUUACCUCUAAACCCAGUUUAAGGACAUAUUUUUGGACACAAAAAAGCAUUCGUUUUUUGCAUCUAAAAAUCUUUACCUCUUUAAAAAAAAAAGGAAAUUAUAAAGUCUAUAUCGCUCUAGAUACAAGAAUCUAUCAAGGAAAAAUGUGCGGAGGAAAUUUGCCCAGAGUUUUUUUGAUUAUCUUCAAUACAAUUUUUGUUGUAAGUAUUUUAUUAAUACUAAAGGGGUUGUUUUGUUCUUUAUUCUUUUAUUGGAACAUUUUUCAUUUUGACCUAAUUUUUGAACGAUAAUAAGAAUAUACCUAGGCACCAAUUUAAAGAACAUUACUAAUAGAAUAGAAAACUUUGCGUGAUUAUACGUAUUUAUGAAUAUGUAGAGGGAAAAUACAGCUAAAAGAUCGUUUGAUUGUAUUGAACAUAACGUAUUCUCAUAUUUAAAUAAAGAAAAAGAAAAUACAAGAAGUAGAAUAAAUCCGUUUUGACUAACCUAGCGACGGUUUUUUUAUACUGGUUACGCAUAGUGAAUUUUGAAUUUAUAACAAUACACCUAGGUAUAUAGACGAUUCGAAGGCCCGUAAUAUUCUACAUUAACCUAUUUGGCGAGAAUUUUGCCUUUUCAGCAGAAUUUCUUGACAGCAAAUAAUUUCUGCACUGGAUUCGUGAUAAGAAAUAUUCGUGUCUUUUUUAAAGAAAUUAGUUAAUAAAAAACAAUGUUUUCUAGCUCUCCGGUAUUGGACUACUUGGAAUGGGAGUAUGGAUGAAAUUGGAUAAUACUUUAUCCAAGUACCUGGAUGCUGUUAACGUUGGCCAAGCUGCUCCUUUGUUGGGUCAAAUAAGCCUUAUUCUUAUCAUAAUUGGAGGAGUUGUUCUCCUUGUAUCUCUUAUCGGUUGUUGCGGCGCUAUUAAGAAGAGUCAACCUCUUUUAUUCUUGUACGCCGCUUGUUUGAUCGUUAUCAUGCUGGCCGAGGCAGCGGUUGCUGUCCUCGCAAUUGUAUACAAGAAAAAAAUCAACGAUCAUUUGCACGAUGACAUGAUACGAGAAGUUCAGAAAGAGUAUGGACGCGUCAACGACACAACUACCGCUUACGAUUUUUUGCAAGACCAACUGAAAUGUUGCGGAGUCUACAAUUAUAAAGAUUACAAAAAUAGUACGUGGUUCGGUGGGCCUGGAACUCAGAUGGUCCCUUAUUCUUGUUGUUCGAAUUACGGCGAAGAUAGGGUUGCGGAUGAGUAUAAAGAAUGCCUAAAUGAAGCGGAGACGGGAAACCCUUCUAAAUAUUUGAACAAACAAGGGUGCGAAGAAGCUUUAAAGAAAUGGUACCACGAUCAUUCAAUAAAAUUGAUGAUUAUAGGCUUUUGCAUAGCAGCUAUUCAAAUAUUUGGACUAGUUGCUGCCUGCAUUCUACGUACAACCUACAAACGUAUGAAUUAUAGCAAAUAAAGACAUCUGCCACAUGUAUAUAUAUAUCUAUAACGUCUCUUCUGUAAUAUGUGUGAUUAUUUCUUCUUGUGUGCCCUGUCUGGAACAAAUAGUUGUAAUAGUAUCUAUUGGAAAAUAGAAGAAUUGUGCGUAAACAGUAACCGUUCGAUAUUUUUUAUUCAUGCUUUCUUCCUCCUACUCCUCACCUUUUCUAUAUUCCUUCAAAACUUAGAAGAUAUAACGUUAGAAUGAAACAUGUAAAAAAAAAAUAAAAAAAAAAGAAACGAAGAGAAGAAGUAACUUUUGAAAGAUUAAUUGUUCAUUUUUAAUGCACAAAAAGCGUUUUCUUUUCUGUUUUACUCAACUCUCUUCCAAAAAAAUACUAAGAUAAAGUGGCUUUAUUUUCUGCUCAUCAUUAAUCCAUUUGUUAUACGUUGUACGAGUCUUAAUACAAACACCCAUUUGAAAGAGAAACCAGAAUGACUGCUUUACCUUUUUUACUCGAUAGUAAUCGUUAGGCCUUGAUAGAGUUGCAUAUCAAGGAAAUACAGAAAAAUACAUAUACAAUCGCAUAAAAAUUCAAUAACAGCAUAAAGCUCUACAAUAGUUAAAUUUAUACAAAACAUACAGUAUAUCUAAAUAUUUUUACGAUACUUUGCCAACGGUUAGGUGUUUUUGUUUGUGUGUGUGUGUGUGUGUAUGUAUAUAGAAAAUGCCAAUGUGAUAGUUUGUAGAUUAAUAAGGAAGAUUUGAACUAUUCUACAAAAAUUUCUUCAUAGUUCAACAUUAAUUUUCAACAGUUGAAUAACAAAUCAUUUUUGAACUUAUUCAUCUUUUUUUUUUUAUUUAAAAAAAGCGAAAAUUCAUUGUAACGCCUAUGACUGUUCACUGUUCACGAAAAUAGUAGAAAUUAAACUAAAAUAGGCUUAAUAAUCAAAGUAUAAAUAAAUAUUAUAUAUAUUGCAAUUUUUUUUCUUUGUAAUAUGAAUGGCAAGAGCUUAGCAAAUUAAUCAAUACUGAUCAGGAUUGAAAUUAAUGCAUACACUAUAUUGGGUAAGUGCUAAUCCUCUGCUAACUUGUUUAAGAUUGUUAAGUUUACAUGUCACGUUUGCAAAUUUUAAAUUUUUAUUGAAUUUUAUAUUAAAUCAUACUUUUUUACCUUUUUUUUUUUUUAAAAAAACAAAUUUAACAAAAAUUAUUUGAUUUGAAAAAAACGGGUGUCUUAUAUAUAUACUGUAUAUAGAGAUUAUAUAAAUAUACUAUAUAUAUAUAGUCCGCUCUAAAUAACCGAUUAUUAGCGUGAACAGUAAGCCUAUUCGUAAUAUUUGCUUAUCGGAAAAUGAAAGCUCAAAGUUUGCGCUCAAUCCCUCUUUUCAAAAAUUCAUGUGCUGUCUUUUACGCCAUUAAUCAAUUUUUCUUUAUGUAAAUAUAGGCCUAUAAGCGCCAUUACUAUGCGACACUAGAAUUUUUUUUUAUUAAAUGUGUUUUUUUUUGAAGUGAAAGUAAAAAGAG